UAAAGCGUCACAUGGAAACGCAUACUCAUACCAGAGCAAAACCUUAUAAAUGUGAUGUUUGUGGUAAGUCAUUUACCUAUAGAAGUAGUCUACAGAGACACAUGAGAGUUCAUAGUGGACAAAGACCUUAUAAAUGUGAUGUUUGUAGUAAAUCAUUUAGUCAUUUAGGUAAUCUACAGAAACAUGUGAGAAUUCAUACUGGUGAAAAACCUUAUAGAUGUGAUGUUUGUAGUAAAUCUUACCACACUAGAUGUAAUCUCCAGUCACACAUGAGAAUUCAUACUGGUGAAAAACCAUAUAAGUGUGUUGUUUGUAGUAAGUCAUUCAUUCAGAGUAGUGAACUACAGAUACACAUGAGAAUUCAUACUGGCGAAAGACCAUAUAAAUGUGAUGUUUGUAGUAAAUCAUUCACACAAAGUAAUGAUCGAUGGAAACACAUGAAAAUUCAUACCGGCGAGAAACCUUAUAAGUGUGAUGUUUGUCAUAAAUCAUUCACUGCCAGAAAUACUCUACAGUCACACACAAGAAUUCAUACAGGUGAAAAACCUUAUAAGUGUGAUGUUUGUAGUAAAUCAUUUAGACAGACUAGUGAUUUGAAGAAACAUGUGAGAAUUCAUACAGGCGAGAAACCUUAUAAGUGUGAUGUUUGUCAUAAAUCAUUCACUGCCAGAAAUACUCUACAGUCACACACAAGAAUUCAUACAGGUGAAAAACCUUAUAAUUGUGAUGUUUGUAGUAAAUCAUUUAGACAGACUAGUGAUUUACAGAAACAUGUGAGAAUUCAUACAGGUGAAAAACUUUAUAAGUGUGAUGUUUGUCAUAAAUCAUUCACUGCCAGAAAUACUCUACAGUCACACACAAGAAUUCAUACUGGUGACAAACCUUAUAAAUGUGAUGUUUGUAGUAAAUCAUUUACCCAGACUAGUGAUUUACAGAAACAUGUGAGAAUUCAUACUGGUGAAAGACCUUAUAAAUGUAAUGUUUGUAGUAAAUCAUUUACCCAGAGUGGUAGUCUGCAGAAUCAUAUGAGAAUUCAUGCAGGAGAACAACUUUGUAACUGAGUUUUGUGACAAAUGAUUGAAUUAGAGUCGUACUCUACAGAAGCACAAGAACUCGUACUGGAUAAAAAUGUUUUCCCUAAAUCUAACAGAGGGAGAGAGAGAUAUGGGGUUUAACGUCCUCGCGAUGAUCGAGGAAUCUAAUAAGCAUGAUUUUGAUUCCCCGGUUGUACCUGGCUAUGAGUGGGGUUUGCCUGUUCAACCUCGUGGGUUUCCUUCGGGUCCUCUUUUCCUCCCACUCCUAAAGACCCCUACGUGCAAUCAAAUUAUUAAAAUAGAAUUGAACCAUAUGUUAGUCCCGAGUGGACGUUCUCUAUCCCUUGUUCAUUUCCGAAACUUGGGGAUACAUGAAGUCGUAUAAUGAAAGAUGAAGUGGAUCUAUCCAACACGAAUAACUCAUAAUAUUAGAAGAUUGACCAUUUAUU